GGCAGGCUGAGGACGUAGGGAAUUGUAGUUUUACAUCGUUUGUGUAGUCUUACCAAAAAGAACGAGUUAGCCUCAACACACAGUCUUAAUCAGUCUGGUGGUUGGUUUAGAAGCUCCGACUAACGAGCUAGCUGUUAGCAUAGCCUCCAAAGCGCCGCUUGUUGCUUAGCGACGGGAUUCCACCAAGCUAGCUAGCAACGAAAGUCAAAUUUGUUUGGUUCUUCGGCUAAAUAUCUAUACUUCUACUCGAUAGAAAAGGUACACAGACGUCUAGUUUACAUUCUUAGACUCGACAAAACAGCAGUAGUUCUCCACAUGAAACGAAAGUGGUUAAACGUGAACCUUUUCGGUUACAAUCAGAAGAAAAUCACGUGUUGGAAGCUUUAAAGUAAAACGGAAGGAAGGCAGCAGGACUAAACCUCAUGCAGCCCUCAUCAAGGAGAUAAUUAAGAGUGCACCUGAGUGACCCUGCUACCUGGGAGGCAGAUAUCCAGCUCACCCACCGGCCUCCGUAUCGCUGCUUAUCUGCCGCCGCUGGACCAAAUAGUCCUCACACCGAGCAGCAGACACGACUCGGGUUUCGCUGCUGUCAGAUGGCGUUCUGCCUGGCUGAGCUGCACUUGUGGUCCACCAAGACCUCUCUCCAAGUUAAAGAUACAGAUAUUGGCACCUAUCAGUACUACGAUAAAGGAGAGCCAGCUCUUCCUCUGGAGCAUCACUACUACCAGGAGAAGCUCCACUUCUCUGAAGCUCGAGGCUAUUCGUGGACCCCCAGGAACCGCCGACCAGAAAAGCUCCGCGAUUCGCUGAAGGAGCUGGAGGACCUCCUGCAGACCAACACCUGCAUCCAGACCAGAUGGAGGAACAAGCGCUGCUGCCAGGUGAUGCUGAGCGGAGGUGUUCUGGUGACCCUGACCUUAGAUGGACCUCAGCUCCAGCAGGUGUGUGUAGAUCGAACGUUAGUGGGUCGACUACCAGCUGGCACCGUGACUGACGCGGCGCUGAGCGAUAGGCUGAUUCUGCUGUCCUUCCUGGAGCAGAGCCAGGUGGCAGCAGUCUACCUGAACAGAAAGAACCAGGACUCCCCGGAGACUGGCAGGAGAACAGACAAACUCUCACCCUCUGAAAUCAAGGUGGUGUCCGUGGAGGUGGGUGGACAAGGUCGGAGACUCCACAGACGUGUUGGUCUCAACCUUCUCCAGGAUGUGGUGCUCUGCUGGUGGAACCUGGAGGAACCCGAUGAGGAGCUGUGGCCCUGGACUCCUUCAAAUACACAGAGAAACAACCUAGUCCUGCUCAGCUGCUCCCCGGCUGAAGGCCUCAAGGUCCUCAGCUCUGUCCGGACUGACUCCAACCCUCUGGACUGCAUCUUCAGCCUUCUUCAGCCCUACCAGGUACAGACAGUAGAAGUACCUGCAGGACCUCCGGGAUCCAGGGAAGGUUCCUGGGCUGAUUCCUGCACGUACGAAUGUUCACGAGGACGUCUGCACCGUCUGUCUGUCACCCGCAUCCCUCUCCCGUCCCACCCCAUCUCCUGCUCCCGCCACCCCUCAGAGACCUCACUCCUCCUGGGCUUGAGCGACUCCUCCUUGGUGCUUUACGAUCAGCGCCGGGGCGUCUCUCUGCUGGCCUUCUGCCCCGUGCCGCCCACCCUCCUCGCCUGGCACCCUGCUGGGGCUGUUGUGGUGGUGGGAGGGGGGCAGGAGGAGCUGAUGUGCUUUGAUGUGGGCUUGGCACCUGUUAGCGUGGUACUGGUAGCCGAGGAGGUGGCUUCAUCUGCCACGCUGAGGCUAGCUCAGCACCUGCGCUGCUCUGGAUGCCUGGAGGGGCUGCAGUGGGGCAGCAGUCUGGACGGAGGCCCAGACGGGGCAGAUAUGCUGAUGCUGGCCUUCCACGGGGGACCGCUGGCUGCCCUGAGAUUCAGACUAGGAGCUCUUUCUGGAGGCCUGAUGGGUCCUCUGGAGCUGCUGCAGCAGAGGCUCCGCUGUGGGCAGGUCGGGGAGGCUCUGGGCAUCCUGGAGGCCAUGGACUGGAGCACCAGGGGGGAGGAGAGCUUCCGAGGCCUGAGCUCCAUCACCAACCACCUGCUGAGGCUGGAGCUCACCGCAGAGAGAGAGGCCCAGCUAGAGGCAGCUCUGGGGGUGUUUUAUGCUCCUUCUGCCCCUCUCUCUGAUACCCUGCUACUGGAGUACAGGGAGCCAAUCAGCAAAUACGCCCGCCGCUUUUUUCACCACCUGCUCAGACACCAGCGCUUUGAGAAGGCCUUCCUCCUCGCUGUAGAUUUAGAAGACAGAGAUCUGUUCAUGGACCUCCAUUAUGUGGCCGGUGAUAAGGGCGAGCUGCUGCUAGCGGACGUGGCCAGGAGGAAAGCUAAUGGAAUGGAGGCCCGGGCCAUCGCAGGCAGCGAAGAUCCUCUGAGGAACAGAAAUGGUGGAUGUGAUUCCAGCUUCAGUGAACAACGAGCAGAAAGGAACCAGACGUUAACAGACCCUCCAGUCCCAGCCUCGUCCACAGCACAAGCUGAUGGAGGAACCAAUCAGAAGAGACCACAGAUGGAGACUAUCCAUGUGACCAUCAGCCCAGAAAUCCUCAGAACUCUGAGACAAACAGGAAGCCGUGGAGCUGACAGAGACGGAGGGAACGAUGAUGAAGACUCCGGGAUGCUUCGACUGGUUCAUUUAGGAAUGGUUUAAAACUAACCAACAGAAGACUUUAUGAAAUUCACUUUGUCAAACUUCUGUAUGUAAAAUACCUGAAAUAUUAUCUGUCAGAUCAGAAAUCAGUUUUAUUCGUAUUUUCCAGACCUGACUUCCAUCCAGAAUCACUGGAUGUGAAUUCAGGUUGUUUUCUGUCUAAAGAAAUAUUCCAGCGACUCCUUCCUUAAAAAUGUGACAGAAAAUGUUUUAAACCAUUAAUCAGCCUGAAAAAAUAAAGACUUGUAUUAUACUUCCA